UGGAGUUUGGCUUCAAUUCUCUCCUCUCAUCACUCUUGUUCAAGCUGUCUCGGGAGCUGGAGUGCGUGACUGAGUGCGGCGUCUGCUUGCAAAACUUUUGUGACUGGAGUUGGCUUGCAGGUGCAAUUUUUUACAGUGUGAUUGUUGCAUCGAGAGCUGUAUUAAUUUGAACUGUUCUGAAGUUCACCAACAACUUUAUUCACCAUGGCUUCGGCUCUCUUGUGCUUUCUUGCCGCUAUCCUGCCCGGCAUGAUAGCAGCACAAAAUACGUGGGUUCUUGGAACCAGCGAUGUAAGAACUGUAGAACCAGUCAACCCGGUCGGCGGCGGAGUUAGUCUUGGUGGAAUCGACAUUGACUCGACGGAAAACAGAAUAAUUGUGCAAAAUACUGGAAUUGCUGUGCCGUUUGGACGUGAAAAAGCUAUUGACCCCAACUCGGAGCUGGUAAUAAAUGUUCAAGCUGGUGAUUCGUGCAGCAUCAAAGUGCUUCCCAGGCAGAGUGACCCUCUUUCUCAGAUUCCAGGCCGGCUUGUACCACCAAGUUUUCCCUGUGAUUUCUCACCCGGUGAAGUGAAAUAUGUGCACUUUGGUUCUCGUAAGCCCCAGACUGAUAAAGUCAAAUUGCAGCUGAGAUAUGACACUGCUACAGAUGUUUAUAUCAUCCCCUUCACAAUUGAUGUUCGCGUGGAAUCCAAGCAGCUCGAGAUUGUUACACGUAACGUGCCGCUUGAGGUCCAGGAUCUAAUGGGAACAAGUGAUGCUCUUGAUGCUGACAAGUUGGAGUUCGAAUAUGACAGCAAUACUGAGGUUUGCAAAGUGACAGUGCUCAGUUCAACUUCAGGACUUCCACGAUAUGGUGAGGUUAUGAACCAUGAUGAGCAAGGCCAGAUGAUUGAUUGUAAUGAUUUCUUGGAACUUGGUAUCCAGUAUCGUCACACUGCAGCAACAUCAUCCCCUCGUGAAGAUUACAUCCCUCUUGUUGUUGAGCUUCAGAACCAGCAAGGACAAGUGAUUAAGCAAGAAUACUUCCAGAGUAUGGUUAGGAUCAUUCGCGGAGAUGACAAUACCCCACCAAGUUUGGUUCUUUCCAGUGACAUGAUGAUGGAGGUUGAUCAAUUUGUGAUGACUGCCAUUACCCCUUCCAUUUUGGCAGCUGAGGAUGUUGAAACACCUGCUGACAUGCUCAUCUUUAACAUAACCUCACAAACCCUUGGGCCAGACGAUGGAAUGAUUGUGAGCACUGAUGACCGUAACCAGCCAAUCACUUCUUUCACCCAGAAGGACCUGAGAGAUCUGAAGAUUGCUUACAAGCCCCCUCCUAGAGACACAGAUGUCCAAACCAUCUACCAAAUUGAGUUGGAGAUCGUGGAUUCUGAAUUAGCUACUUCUGAAACUCACUCUCUAUUGAUCGUUGUUAAGCCAAAGAAUACCCUUGCACCGGUUGUAACAACGAACACAGGACUGGUGCUGUUUGAGGGUCAGUCACGUCCUCUUGUGGGUGGCCAAAAUCUUGGAAUUUCUGAUGAGGAUAAUCUUCAGGAUGUGAUCAUUGCUCCUAUCAAUGGUUCAAGGUAUGGUGAACUCAGAAUUGGAAAUCAACGCAUCAAGCAAUUUACUAUUGCUGACCUCAUUGAAGGAGCUGUAACAUACCACCAUUAUGGAACGGACACUUACAGUGACAACAUCAUUUUCCGUAUGACAGAUGGCCAACAUGAAGUUGAAUUCCUCUUUCCAAUCACCAUUGCUCCUAUCGAUGAUGAGGCACCAAUCGUUGAUGUCAACACUGGAGUCACAGUGAACGAAAAUGAAGUAGUUGCCAUCACAAAUUUUGUCUUGAGUGCGACAGACAUUGAUUCAGAUGAUUCUGAAAUUCGUUUUGUUCUUGAGCAACCACUAUCUGACAUGGGCAACUUGUUUCUACGUCAAGUAAAUAUUCCAGAGGACCCUCAGAAUUGGAUUUCUCAGGACAAUUUUUAUGAGCGUGAAGUCACUGAAUUUACUCUUGAAGAUAUUCAGAAUGGACAUCUCUUUUACCAACAUGGUGGCAGUCACAAUGCAGACCCAGUUUUUGACAGAAUCCUUUUCAGAGUGGUUGAUAGUGCUGACCCGCAACCAAAUGAAUCACCUGUUCAAGAAUUAUUAGUAAAAGUAAUGCCACAAGAUCUGCAGCCCCCUGAGAUGUUUGGUGGUACCACACUUCAGCUCUCUGUUGAUGAAUUCCAAAUCACUCCUAUCUUGAAGAAGAAUUUGAGGUUCACUGACAUGGAUAGCAAUGACAGGGAAUUGAAAUAUACCAUUGUCUCUCCUCUCACAGACUCUGAUUCAAAUAAUAAUCUCCCAGUUGGUGACAUUGUUCUCACUGAUGAACCAAAUACUCCAAUCAACAUGUUCACUCAAGCCCAAAUUAACCAUAUGAAAGUAUCGUACAAACCACCAAGUACAGAAUUAGGAAUUGCUCCACGUGCCAUUACCUUUCAAUUUGUUGUCCAGGAUACUCAAGGAAACAUGGGUAGUCCACACAAUUUCAUCAUUCUGCUCCGCCCAGUUGAUAACCAACCACCAACAAUCACUAAUACAGGCGUCCAGGUGUUUGAGCGGGGAACUGUUAUAAUUGACCAAACAAUGCUUGAUGCUACUGAUCCAGACACGGACAGAAAUUCUAUCCGUGUUGUACUUGUACAGCCCCCUGUAUUUGGAACCAUGAAUUUGAACGAUAUUGCUCUGGAGAAAGGUGAUGAGUUUACUCUUGGUGACAUUGAGAAUUCUAGGGUGAAGUAUGUUAGUGGUGAUGCUGAAGAACAAAGUGAUGAGAUUCAUCUGGAGAUCACUGAUGGUGUCCAUGUUGUGCCUAUUGUAAUCCAUAUCAAUGUAGCUCCUAUUGAUGAUGAAGCACCGACCCUAGAUCUUCCACCAGGCACAAUUGGUUCUUUCCUUGAAGUGCAGGAGAAUUCCUUCAGCCUCAUCACAUCUAACAUUCUUAGUGCUUCUGAUCCCGACACUGAAGAUCUUCUUCUCACCUUCAUUGUGGACAGACAACCAAACGAGGGAAGGAUUGAGAGCAAUGGUGUUGUUGCUGAUGUUUUCACCCAGCAGGACAUUGUCAAUGGACUUGUUCGGUAUGUGCAUACUGGAGGAGAAAUUGGACCUUCUAAGCGUGAUGAUUCUUUCAACCUCACUCUCUCUGACAUGUCUCCUGACUGGAUUUUGGGAGGAAACGAGAUUACCCAGGUAGAAGUCUAUGUAACCGUCCUCCCUGUUGAUAACCUUGCUCCCAAUGUUACAAUGGGCGUUCAGUUCUAUGUUGAUGAGGCAGGUAAAGGGAACAUCAACAUGACUCAUCUCCAAGCUCCAGAUGUUGAUACUGAAGACGAUGACAUCUUGUGCACAAUAGUCGUUGCUCCAAGUGUUGGAUACCUCGAGAACAUUUCUCCCGCACCUGGUUCAGAGAAAUCUCGCGGUGGUAUGCCAAUCAGUGCCUUCAGCAUCAAAGAUCUGCGCUUGAAUCACAUCAACUAUGUCCAGAGCAUUCAUCAGGGUAUGGAGCCAGAGGAGGAUCAAUUCACUUUCCGUUGUACUGAUGGAGUGAAUGAAUCACCAAAUUUCUUGUUCCCUAUCAACAUCAUCCCUGUCAACGAUGAAGAACCCCAGGUUUAUGCUCGUGAGAUAAUUGUGGAUGAAGGUGGGCAACGGAUCAUCGAUGAACCCCUCCUCAGAGCUGAAGAUGGUGACGUCCCUGCUGAUGAGCUUCACUUUUUCAUUGUUACCCCACCUCAGCAUGGUACCAUCACAUAUACCAGACUUGAAGGUGACAUUCCAAUCCUGAACUUUACCAUGGAUCAAAUUGCUAAUGGCAAUGACAUCAAGUACAUCCACGAUGAUUCUGAAACAACAGAAGAUUCUUUCACUGUCCUACUUACUGAUGGAAAGUAUGAAAUUACUAAGGAAAUCACUAUCACAAUUCUGGAGGUAGAUGACGAGACACCUCGUCUCACCAUCAAUGAUGGAAUUGAUAUUGAAAUCGGAGAAUCCAGAAUAAUCAGUAAUCGAAUCCUGAAAGCCACGGAUCUUGACUCUGCCGAUUCUAACCUCACCUACACAGUUCGCUAUGCACCUGAGAAAGGAUUGUUGCAGCGACUCAGCAAAUUUGAUGGCUCUGUAGUCGAGAACAUCACCCUUGGCAUGAAUUUCACUCAGUGGGAAGUAGACAACCAGCGCAUUCGAUAUGUACAUACUGAUGGCGACGGUGGUCGGGACCUUAUCAAAUUUGACAUCACUGAUGGAACAAACCCACUCAUCGACAGGUACUUCUAUGUGACCGUUGACCAUAUUGACAAUGUCCAUCCAUCGAUCAUUAAUGCUGGUGUAACAAUGCAGGAAGGUAGCAGGGUCACUCUGACAACUAGCAUUAUCAGCACAAGUGAUCUUAACAGUCCUGAUGAGGAUCUUCUUUUCACCAUUACCACAGCUCCAACAAAAGGUCACCUCGAGAGCACAGACAAUCCAGGUAUGCCGAUCAAUUCUUUCACUCAGCUUGAUCUUGCAGGAAGCAAGAUUUACUAUGUGCACACAGCUGAUGAUGAGGUAAAAAUGGACAGCUUCCAGUUCCAGGUCACAGAUGGUUUCAACACAGUGGUCCGCACUUUCCGCAUCUCUUUUACCGAUGUUGACAACAAAGAACCUGUCGUCCGUUACGAUACUAUCCGACUUCAGGAAGGAGACAACAAGCUCAUCACUCCAUUUGAACUUGGCAUUGAUGAUAGAGAUACUCCUGCUAAUGAGCUCCGCUUUACCAUCACUCAGCUUCCAAUCCAUGGUAACAUCUUAAGAAAUAACACUGCUCUUGUCACAGAGUUUACCAUGCAUGAUAUCAAUGAAAACCUGAUCAGCUACCAACAUGAUGGUUCUGAACAGACGGCUGACUCUUUCUCUUUCAUUGUGACUGAUGGCACCCACAAUGAGUUCUAUGUGCUUCCAGACAUCACCACUCUAACCCGACAGCCGCAGCAGGUCCCAAUUGAGAUAGUUCCAGUGGACAACGGAGCACCCCAGAUCGUUGUCAACCGUGGCGCUCCAACUCUUGAUCUUCUAGGGACUGGUGAACUUGGCUUCAUGAUUACCAACAAGUACCUUAUGUCUGAGGACCGGGACAGUGUGGACAACAGUUUGCUGUACGUGAUCACCACUCAACCCCAGCAUGGCUACAUCAUGAACAUCGCUCUUGGAAACAUCUCCAUCACCAACUUCACUCAAAGUAAGUGCCAUGUGUGAUUGAUCUUGUUGCAA